AUGGGCCAGUGGGUGCUCCCAGUGCACCACCUUGUGUUCCCCCCAGGUCUGGGCCAGAUCUCGGUCAGGCUACUUUCACCGCUGUACUACCUGGUCAUGAGGCGCCCCCUUUGGUUGACCCGGACCACCCAACAUUGCGUCGCACCACCCGCCAUGCCUGAGCCUGAGGGCGCUCACUCUUUUGCCACUCCUGCGGGAAGCAGCAGUCUCUUUGGGUCCGUGGAGUUGUGCUGGUGGGGAGCCUCACACAGUGGUUGGUGGCCCUGUUGGCACGUAUGUGGGCUUGUGCGGCGUGAGCGCUGCCCUGGGAAACUCCUUCUGCUCGUUUUGACGUUACUUGUGGUUGGUGCUAAAUUACGCACAGUGGAGGUUGAGAGCGCGCCUCCGUUCGGGGUCUGGGGGACCGGUGCUUUCUCUGAUUGCUUCCCUGCACUUCAGCGGGACCGAGCUGCACCUCCCGCGGCAGUUUGGAGACUGCCAAUCAUCACAAGUACACAAAUUCUGAGCCCCGUUUCCACCGGCGCAGCUCCUCCUGCCUCCACUGCUCUGGAUUGA